GAAGAAGGAUCCGGAUAUCCGUUUCAAUUCAGGAAGUCUCCCAGUUUGUUGUUUUUUUCCCGAUUUGACAUUUUCGACGACAUAUUUCAGAUUUCUCCACUCUGCUUCCAAAAUGGGAUGCGAUGGUGGAACUAUUCCUAAACGACACGAGUUGGUGAAAGGUCCCAAGAAAGUCGAGAAGGUUGACAAAAAUGCAGAGUUGGCCGCCAAAUGGAAGCACUGUGCCCUAAGUCAGGAGAAACUCAGACGUCCAAUCGUUUCCUGCGAACUGGGAAGGCUUUACAACAAAGAUGCUGUCAUUGAGUACCUUCUGGAUAAAUCUGCUGAGAGGCCCAACACUGAUGCUGUAACGCACAUCCGCGGAACCAAGGACAUUAGAGAACUUAACCUGACCGAUAACCCAGAGUGGGGGGGAGAGAGAUGGAACACGAAAGGAGACAGAUACGAGGACAUCCAUUGUGGAAUGUUUAUUUGCCCCGUUGUUGGACUCGAGAUGAACGGCAAGCACAGGUUCUGUUAUCUGCGCACGUGUGGUUGUGUCUUCUCUGACCGCGCCCUCAAGGAAGUCAAGACCGAAAUCUGCCACAAGUGCGGCGACCCCUUUCAGAGUGCGGACGUCGUCGUGCUCAAUGGGACAAAGGAGGAGGUGGAAAAGCUGAGGGAGAACAUGGAGGAGAGGCGAGCCAAAGCCAAAACUAAGAAAUCAAAGAAGAGCAAAGCUGCUGAAAGUGUGUCCACUCCAUCACAGUCAAAAGAUGACGCACAAAUGGACAAGGUGCAAAAGUGCUCUCUGGAAAAUGGAGGCGAAAGCAGCCAAUCAGAUCAGGCGGGCGGCUCGGGAGCCUCGCGCCUCUCUAGCGCCGUCAAUGGCGGCGGGCCUUCGUCGGUCGCCUCCAAGCGAUCCAUCCAAGAGAUGGAGGAGAAGUCGGAAGCUUUCAAGUCCAUCUUCACCACUCACAGCUCCGCCAAGCGCACCAAAGACCAAACCUCCAAUUGGGUCACCCACACGCCAUACCACUUCUAGCUCUCGCACACACGAACGCGACCUACGCCAGCACCUGUGCGGCUGCACAUCAACUCGGUCCGAGCGUGUUGCCCGGCACCUCCGUGUUUUUUCUUGAUGUGUUGUUGACAGUUUUCAUGGCUCCCCAGGCUGCUCACACAUGAAUCCCUUCCUCCGCCUCCCAUCCAGGUGCUUUGAGAAUUAUGCAAGGAGUGUUUUGCUUUCUUCUGCUUUCCUCAGUAGCAGCAUUGACCAAGCUUCAGUGCUCCCCCCCCCCCCCCCCCCCCCACACAGCACAUACAUGAUAUUACUUAGUGUUCGCUCACCUGUCUUGACUCGCGUAUCGAUCUGAAAAAAUGUACUUUUUGGAGUAAACUAAAGGGGGAAAAACCUGCUGAAUUGUGUGUAUCCAAUAUGUAACACCCUGUUUAUGGACGACCGUGGAGCUCUGUGUACUCGGCAUGCGUGGUUUCACCAAUUUGCAGAUUUUUCGGCUUUUUCACCGGGGAAAAAAAAAAUCUCUCUCCCUCUCUCUAAAUAUAUCAAAUUUCCUCUCAGAUCAUGGCCAUUAAUUAUACACAGAUUUUUGCUAUUCUGUGUCAGAUGCCACACACGUGGGUAGCAGUCAAGCACCACAUGAGUCAUUGUGAUUUUCUAGGAUGCCGUCAAAGGGGUCACGUCCGAUGUCAAGUCACUGUGUGAGUGUGAGCUCACCAAGGCGCUUCUUUCCCUUGACCUUUGUGAAAAGCCUUCCAGGAUGACUUUUCGCUGGAGAGGGUCCCAUUAAACGAACCCAAUGGAUUUGGAAAGAAGUGGCACAUUGUGUGCAAGUCACGACAGGUGAGCAAACGCUUUCAGAUCAUCUCAUCUUUCACAACACGGUCACCGAUAUUUCCAAUGCCAGCGGCCCCACGUGCGACCUUUUCGACCACACCACAGCUAGAUUAAUCGCUCGGGAUCUUCUUGUGUACCAUCCUUGAACAGGGAGGCGCGUCGUUUGUGUUGGCGCAUUUUGUUAGCAAGUGUCCGAAUAAUGUCACGUCCCUUUCCCUUCCUUUCCGUGUCAGAAAAGCCGCAAGUAAAUGUGAGCGUAAUAUGGAAUUCACUUGUUGUUUUAGAGAGACAAAUAAACACCUACUGGGUA